AUGUGCUUCUGCUUGGACCGUACUAAACUCUCGCGAGCGACUGCUCCAGAGGAUGCGUGCAAAGCCAAGCUUCGGCAGAAGCUCUUGCUGCAGCCAGGUGGAAGGCGACACGACCUUGCCGUACUAGCACUGCGUACCGUGCUCCGGCACUGGGCGACCAGCAGUGAGGUGCCAAAUAGGCAAUGCUGUGUACGCCUCGCUGGCAUUGUGACGGCGACACGGCCACAGCUUUCACGAGCUCCGCAGCAGGCCUUUUCUCCUUCUAUACCUGGCCUUCGCCUGGCGCUCGAGAAGGCACUGAGAGAGGAAGCACAAUUCAAUCGGUUGUUGCACGAAGCCGUCCGCCAGCAAGAUCUCGAAGGUGCUAGACAGGCACUGGAACUUGGAGCAGAGGUGGCCAGCAGGGAUACCUAUGGUUGGACAGCCCUCCACGUCGCUGCAAGCAAAGGUGCAGUGGACAUUUGCGACUUGUUGAUCGCAUCGGGUGCAAAGGUGACAGAUGCUUGCUUUGUUUCGGUUUGGCCCGGUCGAAGCUUCACUCCCAUCGACGUUGCCUCGCAGAUCCGAGCCGCACCAUUCAGGGAAGCUCUCUUUGACAGCCGACCUGCGCCUUCCAAGCGACGGCAGCAGGUCCUCAGCCUGCUUUUGGCUGCCAGGGAUCUCGAGGCUGCACCCCGAGUGUCGGACUGA